GAAGAAUGCAGUGUGGUAUUGGAUUCAUAAUCCAAUUGAGCAGAAACAUGGCACACUUUGUAAAGCCUUAUGACCUUCUUCUCUGUGUUUUCUUUCUCUCAUCACUUGAAUCCAUUCUUGCAACAAGACGAGAAGGAGAAGCUCUUGUGAAAUGGAAGAACAGCCUAGCCCCGUCUUCUUCUCUUGAUUCUUGGUCACUCACUCAUCUCGAUAAUCUUUGUAACUGGACUGGCAUUACUUGUAACUCUGCAGGUUCAGUCUCUGACAUUAACCUUUUCAACAAACAACUCACUGGAAAGCUUUUCGAGUUUGGUUUCACUUCAUUUCCGAAUCUCAACAAUCUCACCCUCGCAGAUAACUUCUUCUCUGGUCCAAUACCAUCAGCCAUUGGGAAUUUAACACAGCUUCAAUAUCUUGAUUUGAGCAAUAAUUAUCUCAAUGGUUCCAUUCCGUACCAGGUUAGCCAUCUUUCAAAAUUACACGUCUUAAACCUGUCAGAGAAUGAACUGCAAGCUCCAAAUUGGUCCAAUUUCUCCCCCAUGCCUUAUUUGACCAUCCUCGACCUUUAUCAGAAUAAUCUUAUGUUGGAAUUUCCAGAAUUUAUAUCUAACUCGCGUAACCUGACAUACCUUGACCUUUCAUAUAACAAGUUCACAGGCGAUCUUGUGCGCGAAUCAGUAUUAGCCAAUCCAGGUGAUCUCGAAACCCUCUAUCUUAAUGAAAAUUCUUUUGGGGGGCCAUUUCCACCAGACAUAUUCAAACUUUCCAAGUUGAGAGUUCUUGCCCUGUUCAAUAAUCUUUUUGAGGGGCCGCUUCCGUCAAAUAUAUUCAAGCUCUCUAAACUAAGAUUCCUUUUACUUUGGAGUAAUAAUUUUUCAGGUACUCUUUCGAAUGAAAUAGGUUUGCUUUCUGAGCUUGAAGACCUAGAUCUUCACUCCAAUUUUUUUGUGGGGCCGCUUCCGCCAAAUAUAUUCAAGCUCUCUAAACUAAGAACCCUUUUCCUCUUGGGUAAUAACUUCUCAGGUUCUAUUUCCAACGACAUAGGUUUGCUUUCUGAGCUUGAACACCUAUAUCUCGACUCCAAUUCUUUUGAGGGACCUUUUCCAACAAAUAUUUUCAAGCUUUCCAAAUUAAUACAACUUGGUCUCGCAAACAAUACAAAUUUAUUUGAAGGAAGUAUUCCUCCAGGACUGGGGCUCUUGACUAACCUAGAGGACUUGUCUCUUGCUUACAAUAAUCUUGGUGGCUAUAUUCCGUCUUCCUUUGGAAACCUAACACUACUAGUAUAUCUUAAUCUCGCUCGUAAUCAAUUGGUUGGAACACUAUCAAAGACCAUUUCUAAUCUCACAAAUCUAUGGUUUCUUGAUGUACAUCAUAAUAGUCUCUCUGGGAAUAUUCAGAGUGACUUCUGGAAAAACUCUACAUCACUGCGCGCGUUACAUUAAUUUGGCAGACAAUAAUUUGUCUGGGAACAUUCCUAAGGAAUAUAAUGUUCUUCCGAUCCUGGAUCACAUCAAUUUUAGGGGGAACAAUUUUACAGGUGAGCUUCCACCAACAAUUUGCGAUGCCACUUCCCUUUCGAUUCUUGAUCUGUCAAAUAAUGGAUUUAGUGGUGCAGUUCCACAUUGUUUGGGGAAUCUUGCGGAUAAAUUGAUUUCGAUUAAUCUUGCUAAUAAUCAGUUUCAAGGACCAAUACCAACAAAUUUCUCCGAGAGUUGUCGUCUGACGUAUCUUAACAUCUAUAACAAUCACUUCAAAGGUUUGGUUCCCCAAUCUUUGGCAAACUGUAAGCACUUGCAAAUUCUUGAUUUUGGAAAAAAUGAAAUAGGUGGAACACUUCCGUCAUGGUUUUUUACUCUUGGAGAGCUAGAAGUCCUGAUCCUGCGAUCAAACAGAUUUUUCGGGAGAAUAACUAGAAGGAGCAUACCACGCCCCUUUCCCAAGUUGCGGAUUUUGGAUCUAUCCAACAAUCAGUUCACCGGCUAUCUGCCAAUUUUAUACUUCAAGAAUAUGAAACCAAAUGAUAAUAAUUAUGAUUAUUUCAACAACACAAACGAAGCCUAUUACGUUUAUCAAGUUUCUAUCACAUUAAAUGUGAAAGGAAGCGAGCAUGAAGUGACAAAUAUUCUUCAUAUUUACACGGCCAUUGAUCUGUCGUGCAACAAAUUUGAAGGAAAAGUUCCAGACAUUACCGGAGAGCUUAGAUGGCUUGCAUUGCUAAAUUUAUCUCAUAAUAGUCUUUCGGGGCCUAUUCCAUCACAACUGGGAAAAAUGAAAGAGCUCCAGUCUCUAGAUUUGUCGUCAAAUCAAUUGACAGGUGUUAUUCCGGAUCAACUUACUAGUAUGACAUUUCUUGCAAGUUUGAACCUCUCAGAAAACCAUCUUUCUGGGAAAAUCCCUCGGAAAGGACAGUUCAGCACUUUUGGCGAAGAAUCUUACUUAGGUAAAUCGGCCUUGUGUGGAGUUCCUUUGACAAAGAACUGUAUAGACGAUGUGCCACCUUCACAAGUUGGAAAUGGCAAUGAUGAAAAUGUUGAUGAAGAUGAUACCGUUGAUGAAUUCAAUUGGAAAGUGAUCCUGAUGGGAUAUGCAUGUGGAUUAAUAGGCGGAUUGUCUGCAGGAUACAUUGUCUUCACAGUCGGAAAGCCUUGGUGGUUUUUGAGAUACAUUGAGACACUGCAGCAGAAGUUGAUCUGAUGCGCAACUAGAAACAACGUUAUAAUCUUAGAAUGACUUGUGUCUUUAAACAGAGUUAGGAACUUAGGAUGACUUGUGGUGCUAUAUUUUUUUUUUGAAAAAAAAAAACAUAUUUUUGUAAUUUUUUAGAUACAGAUGUUAAGAAGGUGUUGUAUAUUCAUUUUUUACCCAAAAAAAAAAAGA